AUGACGGACGACGAGAUCGCUAGGCUCGACGUCCUCGUCUCGGAGGUGGACCGACUGGUGCAGCCGCCGCUGCCCCGGUACGCCACCGGCAUCAUGCCGCCGGGCCUCACGGAGGAAGAGGCCCUACGACUGGCGCUCCAGGACUCGGCCACCCAACUAGUGCAACCGCCGCCUCCACCUCCUCCGUACAACCCGUGGGGGCCUCCAGCUCCACCACCGGCGUGGGCUGCUCAACCUCCUCCACCGGAGUGGGCUGCUCUACCUCCACGACCGGCCUGGCCCGCCUUCCUCCCUCCGGCGCCGUCCCGCCCUGCGGCCUCCCUCCCGGCGGCGACGACCCGCCCUGCGGACUCCCUCCCGCCAGCGCCGUCCCGCCCUGCGGACUCCCUCCCGCCGGCACGAGGCCACGGGCAGCUCUGCCGCACGGACGGUUUCCCGGGCGAUUCGAGUGCCCAGGCCAAGCUCCGCCGCGCACGAGGCCACGGAUGGGCUCCGCCGCGCACGAGGCCACGGGACGGGCUCCGCCGCCCCCGAGGGCACCGGACGAGCUCCGCCGUCCACGAGGCCACGGACGGGCUCCGCCGCCCCCGAGGGCACGGACGAGCUCCGCCGCCCACGAGGCCACGGACGGGCUCCGCCGCCCCCGAGGGUACGGGACGAGCUCCGCCGCCCACGGGCCACGGACGGGCUCCGCCGCCCCAGGGCACCGACGAGCUCGACCACGGCCAAGGGCCAGCUCGCUACGGGAACGGCCACGGCCACAGCCGAGGGCCAGCGCCGCACUGA